UUAUAUCAUUACGAACUUCGGUAGUAUGCAUGAUGAUGUGUUUUGUUUAGCUUAUAGGCGUACCUGAGCGUCUCUUUAUAUUCUGUAUAAAUUGCAGCGAAACGGGAGCUACUAAAAAAAUUAUACAUGUUAGUGGCGUCCACUGAAGUUGCAACAAACAUCGAGUAUCGAUGCAGACGAGGGUGGGAUAUGUGUUGUUUCAAAAGUUGAGGUUAUAAGUAUUUUCGGAAUUGUUCGAAGAAAGUAUAAAAAAGCAAUGUCAUUGUGCUAUUUAGGGCCAACAGCGUGGCGUACAUUGUCCACUUAUGUUUGUUGUGUUUCUAAAAGAUAUUAUUGUGCAUCGAAGUUGAAACCACUGCUAUAUACCGCAUCCUGGUGUAAACAAGGAGUACCGGCGUUUAAGUCGGCCGCUAAAAGUGAAAUAAUUGUGAAACUCUGUAGUCCAAAAAGCGUUUGGUGUGCGCAAAAACGAUCAUUUCAUUUAAGCUCCAAUCUAAGCGCGAAACGCCCAUAUGAAGUGAACACUGAUGUUCAGAAGGAUGUGAUAUUAUUUAGGCACCUAAACCCCAGGUGGUAUACGGUUCUUAAUUUAUUUGCAGUCUGUCAGUUUUGUUUUUGGAUGUAUUCUGCUCAUUUAGGGUAUACACUACUGAAAGAUGCGCCGGUGAAAGCGGAUGUGAAUGAAGAUCUCCCCUUCUGGAGGAAAGUUAAUUUAGGAGAGAAGAAAUAUAGACUUGGAUUUACUAUACUUUCUAUACUCGUAGGUUUAACUUUGAUGACAACCACUUGCUUGUAUACAGCAAAAUCAGUUAAGUAUCUUAUAUUACGGAAAGGGGGAAGGAGCGUGACAAUUGUUACACAUGGACCAUUUGGAAGGAAUAUUUCACGUACAGUGGAUCUUGCAAAUGUCAGUUGUCCAGCUAGCCGCGGGAGUGCUAAAGGGCAGCUGCCAAUCAAAGUGAAAGGAAAUUAUAUUCAUUAUGUAUUAGACAUGAGAGGAGAAUUUACCAACCCUCAGCUUUUUGAUUACACUGCAGGCUUGAAAAGAAAUUUGUAAGCUAUGUAUUUACUUGAGGCAAGGUUUUUCAAAUGCAAGUUUUUGCAGCAAUUGUCAAUUUUAUGACCAGUUAUUCUCAUUCCUCAACAUCACUUGUUUUCUUUGUGUAUGUGCUCUUGAGUAUAUUUUUGCAACUAAGUUAAUGAUUUUUCACCCACCAAGAAUGAGGAAGGAAAUCAGCUGUGUCCUUUUCAAAAGAACCAUCCAUCUGCUUGCCUUAACUGAUCAAGGUAAGCCUUGAUUACUUAAAUGUGGAUAGGGAUUUGAACCUCUACUUGUCUUGAAUGUGACACCAUAAGUGUAAUACGAGAGAAAGCAAAGUAUAUUUUGCUGUAUCAUAUUAAACUAUAAAAUAUUUCAUUAGUUACUAAUAGUUUCAUGAUGUUAUUACUAUUUUCUAAUGUUAAUGUGCUAAUCAGUGAUUGUCAGUGGGAUAAAUGAUCAUUUGGGUAAAAAUGCAUGUAUGGUGUCUUUGGCUUUCCAUUGCAUGCUGCUGCUGUUAACAGUUUGAGUGAUAAAUAAUGAGAACAGAACAGUUUGAUGAUGGUAGGCAAUCACAUAGCUCAUGCAUAUUUUGCUAUGCUACAUAAAUGAAGUUAGCUGGUAUUUUGCUUCACUCGUAGAUAUUUAAGCUGAGUUAUUAGAAACCAACCUAACCACCACCUCAGAAAUCACGAUAUAUAACAGAAAAAUAGCAAAACAUUUAUGAUAAAAGUGAUGGUAAGCAUAGUAAUGUUUACGUUUAAGCUGUGCUGUGAGGUCUCACUCAAUCCACCAGCUUAAAAAUUGUCACACAUUAAGAAAAAACAGCCAAAUAUUUGUGACGGUCAAGAUCAUAAGAUUGAGCUAUUUUCAGGUGUUACUUUAUACUGUCACCCAACUGGUUAUAUCCAAUGAUAACAGAGAUUGUUGACAAAAGUACUCAAAAAAGUUAGUUGGCAAACUAGGUACCCUGUUACAAUUACAAAUUACAAUUAUUUUUCAAUUGGGUUGGUUAAUGUCAAAUAUAAAAAGAAAAUAAAGGAAUGGCUGAAUGGAGCAAAUAUGAAGUGCAUUAAAAGAGAACAGAUUGAUUAACACACAAAACAAAAGAAUCCAACAUCCCCCACACCAGUCCGUUUAGGUCCACUUUACUACCACCUUACCCAAUUGCUUUCUCACAUGUAGCGAUUGGUACAUUGUUCAACAGGCGUCACUCACUGAUUUUAUUGUGGCCAAAAGAAAGGUAAAGCUGCACUACAUGGAUCUGGAUGACUAGUGGUCUGAAUGAGAAAGACUGGGCAUUCUCACAACCAUCACUGAAACAUGAAAAAAAAAAAAAAAAAAAAAUACAUUUAAUAGAUGUACCAUAUUUGUAAAAAUAUAGGUUGCACUUUAACUUUUUACACGCGAUUAUAGUAAGAAGUAAAUCUGGAAUAUAAGCUGCACUACUAAAUUUAUGAGAAAGUUCAAUUAGAUCCAAUUUGAGUUACAUAUCACUCUGUUUCAUUCUUCAACUCCUGUGUAACUACAGCGUAACUGUUAAGUUGGUAGAAUAGAAUGGCUGUGUUGAAGUUGUAGCUUCAGCUGCUCUGCUGCUGUGUGGCAGGCUGUCUACACCUGAGUUGUACAUGUAUCACGGAAAUACCAUAUUUAUUGGGAGGUCUGGUAACACGACUAAUUCCAGAGACAGUGUGAGGAAGUUGAGGACAUAGCUGCUUAAUCGCUUUAUUCAGAGAUUUCUUCAUUUUUGCCGUACUCCAUUCUAAAGGUUGUAAGUAGUUGUUCCUUUGAGAAAGAAAUAGCUUCUUCCUUAUGAAGUCCUUCCAUCAGGAAAAUGUUAGGGCUGAGAUUAAAAUGCUGCUGUGGUUGGCUCCUUAUCUAGCAUGAUGAGGCCUGUACUGUUAUCAGGAUAAGUGUAUGCAUACCACACAAUUGAUGAGGUGAUUCGCACCCACAUCAAGAAUGAGUGCUACUUGAAAAAACUCUUGUCUCUUCCAGUCCAUCAAAUGCUGCAACUUCACUCUCACCAUGUUUCAUUUCUAAUAUCCUUAAAGAAACAAAUAGAAAGUUGAUAUUUGUGAAAUGAUAACAGAAAUGUUAUGUAUGAAGAAAAAAUAAAACAAAGAUUAAAUUAACUUAUGUGAAAACCUUGACAAAAUUGCUGCUAUUGUCUGUUACACAAGGCGCCACUUGUUAUGUCGGCUCUCAAUAGCAACAGCCAGAAUCUUAUGUAUGGUAUCUCACAAUCUUUUUUAUGGUAAGCAUCUCAAAUUUUCUGCCUAGUGUCUCUUCAUUGAGCUAGUGCAUGGUAAUCCCCAGGAAAGCUCUACUAAAAUUUGUCUAGUAAUCUGCUGUGGUUGUAACAUCAUUAACUCUUGAUAGCUGCUCUACGAGUCUCUUUUUUUUUUGGUUAUUGUACCAUUGCUUCGGUCAUGCAGGUACAGUUCUCCUACACGUUGCCAGAGCCUUCAUCAAAUUUUAUGAACAAUGCUUCUACCACUGAAAAAGGCUGAAGAGAAUGGCAGACAAAAUCUAAAACUAGCUUGUCGACAGUGCUAUGGUGGGUUGUGUUAUUUGUGAGGGAAAGUAUAGGUUGUGUUUUCUUUGCACCUGUACUUUCAGUCUGAAGAUCAAACUUUAUUUCUUCGCUCAUUGCAGGAAUUGUCCCAUUUCAGAUAACUUUGUUGGAUGAUUCCUCUGCAAUGGAGACAAAGGUUGUAUGAUUACUGAUGAAAAAAGGUUAUAUUUUACCAUUUGUUAUAUUUGUGCUGUAAUAAAUAAUACUCAGUAUUAAUAAUAUAGUAACAUUUAUAGUUGUAUAGUUUCCUUAGGUUUCUUGGAAAUGUGGCAUGUAUGUACACUUGUUUCAAUUUGUAACUUUAAUAUUACAUAAUAUACUUUCUGAUUGUAGUUGCUUACCUGUAUAUGCUUCCUUAAAUUAGAUGCUGAACUCCCAGCAGAGUUCAGAAAUUUAUUUCUCCGUCAGAGCUUACAUUUUACCAUUAUACUUUCUUUGCAUUGUGCACCACUCAACUCAAAAUAAUUUUUUAACUAAGGAAAUGGAAAUACUCUAACCGCAUUCUCUCCGUUUUCUGUUUCACUGUCGAUGCUGUGCAUCAAAGAGACAAACAACUCGCAACUUCUCUCGAAGCACUUAUAAAGUUUAACAAAGAAUGAAUGAAGGUUGUGCUAAAGAAAUACAUAUAGGUGAAAUGUUUUUCAUUGCCUGCAAGAUAUGUGAGAGAGAGAACAAGUUAUGACUGUUACAAAGUAAUGAUUCCAAUGUUGUAAUGAUUACUAUUUUAUUCAAAUAAGUAAAUUAAAAGUACAAAUUACGUUUUCUAAUGUGCAGCAAUUACAAGGAAAAUUACAUGGAAAAUUAUCAUUACAUGUAAUUCAAUUACUUUUAUGCAGUUACUUACCAUCAUUGAUAACAAAUUAACAAUAGCAGCAACCAAUGGACGAUUCAUGGAUACCAUGUUGCACUUUAGCCUUCAUUUGCUGUUUCUUGUGUUGAUGUGCUCAGUCACUGGACAUUCUGAGUAGCAUAUUUCUUCGGAAUUGUGUUUUCGUUAUGAUCUAAACUGAAGUCUGAGGUGGUUUGAUGCAGCCCUCCAUGCUACUCUGUCUUCCGCAGGCAUCUCCAUCUCUGAAUAACUACUGCAAUCUACACACAACUGACUUUGACUCAUGACACUCAGUACUUCAUAAAUUAGCAUUUUUUCUCACAAUUUCUGACAUUUACAAUCCAGUUGAUAUGCCUUCAAGUUUCUUCUCUGUAUCAAUUUCCUACUCUUUUCUUUAUCUCUAUUUUGCUGUCAAUGUUUCAGCAAACACUUUUGCUUACAUUCUUCCCUCCUUAACUUUUCUAAUCCUCACUUUGUUUUGUGUCCUGCCUGUUUCAUAUUUCCUUCCAAUCCUUAGUUGAUUUAAUACUAUUACAUUGAGCAUGUCUUCUAGCAUUAGCCCAGCUUGACAAGAAAUUAGUUGAUUCAAAGAUCAAUUUUUAAUUAUAAUGUAAGAAUUCUGAAAAUUUUAAUCUGUUAAUUUUCAAUAAACAUUACAUCAGC